UGGUAAGGCUGGCACACACUGUGCUCUGGACUGUGGAUCUGGAAUCGGUCGUGUGACCAAAGGCGUCCUCCUUCCUGUAUUUGAGAAAAUGGAGAUGGCGGACAUGAUGGAGCACUUCCUGCUCCAUGCGCACGAGGAGUACCUUGGCGACGAUGCCGAUCGCAUAGAGACCUACUACUGCUACAACCUGCAAGAGUUCACACCUCCAAAAAACAAGUAUGACGUCAUCUGGAUGCAGUGGGUGGCAUGCCACCUAACAGACAAGGACCUGAUGAACUUCUUGAUGCGCUGUAAGAAGAGUCUACAUCCAAACGGUGUCAUUAUAAUAAAAGACAAUAUGGCGCGGCAGGGCUGCAAGCUGGACCCCAUCGAUAGCAGCAUCAGCCGUCACCUGGACAUCAUGAAGAUUAUCAUCGCCAAGGCAGGUCUGGAGAUCCUGGCUGUGAAGAGGCAGGAAGGCUUCCCUGAGAUCAUCAUGCCUGUCUGGAUGAUUGCGAUGAAAUAGAAGUGACAUCUGCUGUAAAAAGGUUCCGGUUGUUGUUGCUCAAUUCGAAAGGGAAUCCAACCUAAAGCUGAAUUCACAUUUUAUUCCUCUUUUGUUUAAGUCUAGAUUUGUGAUCACGUCUCUGAAAACCACACUAACACUGCUAAAAAUCUACACAAUGUCAUCAGGAGAUAAAUCCUGAACUGGCGGUGUGCACAGCAUGAUGGCACCUGGGGUGAUUUUAUGGAGAAAGUAGUUCUGCUCAGCACUGAAAUGAAAUAAAGCUUUUAUGUGGACAUUAACCUUCUACAGAGGCACUCUGUAUGUCCACAAAGCCAAGCUGUAAUUUAUUGUCAGCCGACCACCUCCUGGGGUUUGUCUCUUGAUGACAUCGAAGAUCAGGUCUCUGGAGAGUAACUGUUGGUGGAGCUUGUUCCUGUCUGAACUACGAGGAUCAUUGGAAUAACAUGUGGAUUCAGAUGGUUUCUCCUCUGAGUGAAUGAUUUGUAUCCAUUUCUGACUGAAUCCAACAUGUUACAGCACAAGCAUAACAUAUCAUCAGCAAUGAUGUGUCAUGUUAGAUUUCUUAAAAAAAUAACAACAACAACAACAACAAACUACAUUUUCAUAUAUUAUAGCAUAUGAUGAACAUGCCAUCUGUAUCAGGAUACAUUAAUUGGACAAUGACAUUUACACUUCGUAUUGAGUGUUUUUUUUUGUUAUCUUGAAUCUGGCUGAUUGUGAUCAGAUCUUAAUUUGCAUGUUUAGACAGGAGUGGGUGAACCUGUCAAACUCUGGUUAUGUUAUCCUUGUCCCAGGUCAUUGCCGACCCAUGAGAGUGUCCCAAAGCAAUGCUGCUUGGUAUGGAUGUUUAAUGAGAACUGGAUACUAGAAUCGAAGAUGGCACCCACUCAAUUAGAUGAAAAUUGCUCACCGAGUGCAUAAGCCAGUAACAUGUUCUGGCUCUAGCUCGUUUUUUUCCAUGUUGUUUUACCCAUGGAACAUGUAGUCCCGCUGCCACUCCCUUUAUUAUGUGUAACUUUAAGUCUUAAAGUCUGGGUUAAGUUAAUUCAGAGAUUUUUUUAUUAACACAUCAUACAUGCUAGAAAAUACUUGUUGAAAAUAUGCUACGAGACUGGGAACUGUGUAGCACUGUGGAGUUAGACCAUUUUUCACCAUCUUUGGGAUUGUUUGGUAGGGCCUGAAAUCAUGGCUCGGUGAUGCACUGGAGCCAUCCUUAAUAUAACCCCUUACCAGCUUAAUACAAAACUGCAGUUUUGUAUCAAGCUGGUAAGGGGUUAUGUUGCUUGUGGCAACAAGCUUGUGGCACUGGUGCUAUGCGCUCUAAUGCCAUGGCAUUAGAGCGCAUAGCACCAGUGCCAAUACAUGAAUAAAUAACUCUGUUAAAUGCUACAAACAUACAAACACAAGCAAAAAGUCAUCACGGAUGUACCUUUUGGUCUUUCAGCCCAAAUGUGUGUGCUUUUGAUUAACAUUAGUGGCUGAACGAGAGUCUGUCGCUUCGCAGCGGCUCAUUCUUUGGCUCAGCACCAUCAGCAGACACGGCCGCAGCAUUUCAAAGCAGAGAAUACUUAUUAUUUUUUCAUGACUUUGAAACCUAAUUUCAUAUACUUGCAGGUUUUUUAAUUAUAUGACAGACUAUAAUGAAUUUAACUGGGUAAGUUAUAUAGAAAUUCAACCCCCGUACAGUUGUUGUGAUUGUUGAAAUUAGCUGUAGAGACUAAAACUGUUUUUUUUUCCUUUACCAGGUUGGUAACAUGUUUAUUUCUGCUAUAAAGUCGGGCAUUUUAACAUGGGGUCUAUGGAGAUUGACUUGCUCCUGCAGUCAGCCCCUAGUGGCCAAGCGAUGAACUGCAGUUUUCAACGCUUCUGCAUUAGCUAAAUUUUUUAGCCCACGAGAAUGCUGCUUGUUUUUGACAGGCAGCUUGAACAGGAAGAAGGGCAGUGAGGUGACCCAUUUACCAUUUUCAGAAGAUGGCCACAGACUGCAUUUUCUCCAGACCACCUCCAGAUGGGGUCUGGCCAAACUGAUUGUAUUCAGUGCUGCAUGCAUUUACAUCUGCAUUUGGUAUCCAGAUACAGAUCACAUAGUAAUACCAGGUAGAGAUGAGGUCUUAAUGUCACCUUUCAGUACAGCAUGUAGUUCACUGUUGCCUUAUAUUGCAGGAGAAAUAAUGUUCAUCCAGUGCACUUACAGUACAGGUUGGUCAGGUGUAUAUAUUUGUUUUUAAGUGUAUGUGUUUUAUACUUUUGCUUGUAAUAUUGCAAAUAAAUGUAGUUUUUAUAUCGA